AUGCUCGCUAAGCGCACCACUAUCCAACUCAAGGAUAGUUCAUCAUUUAAGGAACCAAUAGAUAAGAAGUUAGAGACCCUGUUGUCUCAACACAUGGGGGAUUCUAUCGAUUUUUUAGAUAUUACCCUUUUCAUAAAAGAAAAUAAAGUGGCUGUUAGAAACUUUAGAAAGCCAUCAGACAGAAAUGGCUUUUUAAAUGCCAGCAGUGGACACCUAAAAAGGUGGAAGGACAAUAUCCCUUAUGGACAGUUUAGACGCAUUAGGCAGAACUGUACAUAUGAGGAUGACUAUAUGGACGAGGCCAAAGUUCUGGAAAAUAAACUACCGCUCAUACAUUACUGUCAUCUUAUCAUAAAUUCACUGGUCCUGCUAAUACUGUUGAGUGCCCUCGCUGACCCUGAUCUGUACCACCUUCCGAGCACAGAACUUAGAAAUGAAUUUGACUUUAUGGAUGAUGCCAAUAUGUGCAUCGCUACAUCAAUUUCUCUCCUGAUGAUUUUAAUUUGUGCAAUGGCAACGUAUGGUGCAUAUAAGCAACAUGCUGCCUGGAUCAUUCCCUUUUUCUGCUACCAAAUAUUUGACUUCGCUCUCAACUCCCUAGUUGCUGUCAGUGUGCUCGUCUAUCCAGCUACAAUCCAGGACUACCUCCGACAACUGCCGUCCAAUUUCCCCUACAAAGAAGAAAUAAUGUCUGUGAAUCCCACAUGUCUUGUUGUGAUUAUUCUCUUUUUCAUCAGUGUCAUCUUGGCUUUUAAGGCUUACCUGAUUAGCUGUGUGUGGAACUGUUACCGUUAUAUCAACAACAGAAACUCAUCAGAUGUCCUGGUCUACGUAACUACUAAUGAUACAACAGUCCUGCUACCACACUAUGAAGAUAAUGGAAAUGGAUCAGCAAAAGAGCCUCCUCCCCCUUAUGUCUCAGCGUAGAUGAAGACAGGAGCGGGCAGCCGAGCAAUACAACAUCAUUCAUGGGCAUUGGAGCAAUAGAACAAAUCAUUCCCACAUUCUACUUUACUAAACAGCAGCGCUACCAAAAACAGUCAUGAAACUAAUAAUGUGUUUCCCUUUGGCAGCAUUCCACGUGAUAUUUUAUGGAAUGACGCGUAUUUGAUAUUUAUUUUCUUUGUGACAUCUACAGUACCUAUGUUUUUCACAUCCUACGAAAUGCAGCAUUUAAUUGGUUAGGUUGCUUUUUAAUAGAGGAAUGCUCUACUUGUUUAUUGUGCAUACUGUAUAUAGAUAAGGGGCUUAUUCUACUAGUUAGUAUUAUGUGCGCAUACACUACUAAGGCAUAAUUACAAAAACAUUAUAUUAAAAAGGGCAUGAAACUCAAAUGUUUUCUUCUAUGAUUCAGAUAGUAUGUACUUCUGUCAAGUUUGCUCCAUCCUCUGGUAUCAUUUGGUGGAGCGCAUAUCUAAGUAGGCUCAACAUCAUACAUAUGUCUGGAACAUUAUAUGGCAGAAGUUUUGCAACUAUGCUUUUAACAAGUGUUAUACACUUAUGAGCACAAGAGGGCAAGAGUAUGUACACAAUGUAUAACAUGUAAAAGCAAUGUUGUGAGACUGCUGCCAUAUAAGUGCUUUAAACACACUCUUUUCUGAGCCUCCCUAGAUAUGAUCUUCAACAAAGAAUACCAAUAGAAUAAAGUUAAUGUGAUAACAGUAAUACAUUUGGAAUGGGUUUUUUUUUGUAUGCUCUAAAUCAAAAAAAUAUUUGGCGAUUCUCUCUCUAUAUAUAUAUAUAUUUAUAUAUAUAUAUAUAUAUAUAUAUAUAUAUUUGCAGCAAUGCUUUUAACAAUAUUAUACAUAGUGGAUACACUGCUUCUAUCUAGUGCUCAAAAGUGUAUAACAUUCUUAAAAACAUUAUUGCAAAACUGCUGCCAUAAAGUGUUCUAGACGUGCAUGCUCCUGAGCCAACAUGCAUAUGUUCUUUAACAAAGGAUACAAAGAGAAUAGAGAUACAUUGAUAGUAGCAGUAAAUAUAUUUUUUAAAUUGUACUCUCUAGUUAAAAGAACAAUUUUGAGCUUCAUGUCCCUCAGUGCUAGGCGUUAGAUUGUAUAUUUUAAUUAGAAUAUUCUAAGGACUAAUUUGCAUGAAUCAAUUUCAUAAAGCUUCAUUAAAAUCUAUUUAAUUGCAAUAAGAGAAAUGUUAUUUAUUCUGUAAAUUAAAUCACUUUUCUAAUCUAAUUAGAUCUUCACUGUAAACCGUAUAAUUAAUACACUAAUAAACGCUUUCCAGAAUAUUACAGUCUGUGAUUGAUCACAGUAACUUCUCAGUAUGACAAUAAAACGUAUUUUAAAUCUC